AGCUUUAUUUGCACACCACUUUCCUAACGUGCUAAUUUUGUUCGACAUCCAUUACAAGAAUAGCUUUGUUUGCCCUCAGGGACUCGCCGACUAUAUCACCCCCAAACCGAUAUUUAUACCAAACCCUAUAAUCGGCGAUAGAUACAACCUGGUAUUCGACUAUGUCUGCAUCACACAGUAAUGGAGUGUGAUGCCCUAAUUUUCGACUGCCAACAGUCGAAAAAGAACAAUCAGAUUCUUUUAGACACAAUUAAUUUUACUCAUCCAGUACUCCUUCCACCCCAAGCUUUCUUUUCUUCCAGCAUGCCUCACCAAACCCCAUCAUCACCCAUCGUCCCCCGCCAAACCCCAUCAAAUACAGGGUUUGCACUAGCUUCAGCUUUCCUUUCCAUAAUUAGCCCUUCCCUCGCAACAAAAAAAAAAAAAGUGGCAGUGCUGUCUGUUCUGAUAGAUUCAUCUCAGAAUGGGUAACUUCCCAGGUCUGGAGGGCAUUUCUGCGGAUGUCCUGGUGAACGACAUCCCGCUGAACAAGCUCGACUCGCCCAUCAUCGAGCCCAUCAACUACCUCAAGAAGAAGGUCGUCUCCGACCUUGGCGAGGACCCUGAAACCUGUGAUCUGCGCGACAUCAAGCACUAUUUCAUCAAGUACGUCCCAGCUCCCUCUGGCAAGCACUUCGCCUUGCGUCUCGUCGCCGAGGCCGAUUUUGCCACAGACUGUCACCACCUCGGAGUCAAGUGGCGUGUCGACGGUCUUGAGAGUGGAAUCAGACACCAGCAACCCUCUAGGCCGGCCGCCCGGUGGAACGUCAAAUGCGACUCAAUCAACACCGGUGGGCCCAGGACUGGCUAUUUCAAGCAAAGGUUCAAGUUUGGGAAGCUCAAGACUGUUGAUGGUAGUGGCGACUAUACUGAGAGCUGGAUUAACAGGAUUGCGAUGGAGACCGAAAACUUCGGUGUACUGCGCAUCUUAGUCUUCCAGAUGCAGCAAUCGACGGUCAAGACCAACAACUACCAGGGAAGGGGCGUAGAGAAGGCAACAAUCGACACGCUACCGGAGAAGGCCUUGAAGGGUCGCAAUAUUACCCACAAGGCUGUCGUCGAGAGCCAGGAGAUCGAGUACGGACCGCCGCCUCGCCGUAACAAUGUCUUCAAGCACCCGCGUGGUCUACCUCUAGUUGUCUUUGAGUUUCGAUACAGAUCGAUAGCGCUAACCAUAUCUUCAGAGGGUCUCAUACGGGACCGCGUCAUUCCACGACCUCUUCCCUCGCCAAGCAUUAACAAAAUGAGUGCAAACGAAAUCAGCUUGUUCCGUCCUCGACUGGCCCCGGGUCCCAGAUCGUCCGGCACUUUCCUUGCCCGUUCCAAGUCACUCCUAAAGCCAAAGAAAUUGCCGCCCGCGAUGCGCAGGGCGAGAUAUCUUCAACUCGCAGAAGGCCCCCAAACACUCCCUGCAAAACGAUUCAAGGAGAGUCUUCGCGCCGAUGGCAAUGUCCUAAUCGACUUAGGUGACGACGACAGCGAUGAAGAGUCACCUAUCAUGUCCAAAGCGAAGCGAGUUCGCUUAACUUCAGACAAUCGUACAAGCGAUGCUGAGCGUAACAGGAACGCUCCUGUCACAGACAAGAAGGACCCGCACGAUGUGCCCUUUGCUUCAGCCAAUCCUAGGAGCAAUGCCAGAGACGGUGAGAUUCGUGAAUUUGACAAGGGCAUUCCUGCCGAGGUUGAGGAGGACCAGGGUUGGGACUCAGACAAGACAAUGUUUUAG